CGGAGCGCAGCGGGGCAGCCGCCGGCCCGCGGCGGCGGCGGCGGGGCAGGAUGAACAGCUCCGACGAGGAGAAGCAGCUGGAGCUCCUGGCCAGCCUGAAGGACCAAGCUAUUGGCGAAUAUGAAGAGCUUAGAGCAGAAAAUAAGAAAACGAAGGAAGAGUGUGACAAAAUCAAGCAAGAACGAGAUGAGGCUGUCAAAAAGCUGGAGGAGUUUCAGAAAAUUUCUCACAUGGUUAUUGAGGAAGUGAACUGUAUUCAGAACCAUCUUGAAAUUGAGAAGACAUGCCGUGAAAGUGCUGAGGCUUUGGCUUCUAAGCUGAACAAAGAAAAUAAAACCUUGAAAAGAAUUAGUAUGCUUUGCAUGGCCAAACUGGGCCCAGAAAUUAUCACUGAAGAGAUUAACAUUGAUGAGGAUGAAUCAUCCACAGACACAGAAGCUACCUCUGGAUCAUGCAGUUCUGUGCACUGUCAGCAGCAAAUAAAAGAGCUGCGAGAUCAAAUCGUAUCUGUUCAUGAGGAAAAGAAGACCUUGGCCAUUGAACUGGAAAACCUGAGGUGCAAACUUGCAGAAGUAAUUGAAGAAGUAAAUAAACUGAAAGAAGAAAAGGCUGUUUUGACAACCGAAGUUAAUAAGCAACAGAAACUGUUGGAUAAAUGUAACAGAGUGUCUGUGCUGGCAGUAGAGGAAUAUGAAGAGCUUCAUGAAAACUUUGAGCUGGAAAAGAACCUGCGGAAGAAAGCAGAGUCAUUUGCACAGGAGAUGUUUAUUGAACAAAACAAGAUGAAAAGGCAGAGCCAGUUGCUUCUGCAAAGUUCUGCUCCUGAUCAACAGCUUUUGAAGGCUUUGGAUGACAAUGCUAAGCUAACCCACACGUUAGAGGAAGAGAGGCUUCAACACCAGCAAAAGAUUAAAGAAUUAGAAGAGCAGCUAGAGAAUCAGUCACUGCAUAAGGAGAUUAGUCGCCUUAAACAACAACUAGAACUUUUGGAAGAAGAUAAAAAAGAAAUGGAGCUGAAGUGUCAGCACGCAGAAGAAAAAGCUAGAGACCUAAAGCAUUCAGUUGAUGAGCUCCAGAAGCGAAUCCAGCAGUCUGAAAAUCCUGCCCCACCUCCUCCGCCGCCUCCGCCCCCGCCUCUGCCUCCUCCUCCUCCUCCCAACCCCAUACGGUCUCUCAUGUCAAUGAUUCGCAAGAGAUCUCACUCCAACACCAACGUGAGCAAGAAGGAGAAACCGCCUCAGCAGGAGUCAGCAGGUGAAGAAGUCACAGAUCUGAAGAGGCAAGCUGUGGAAGAAAUGAUGGACAGGAUUAAAAAGGGAGUUCAUCUGAGACCGGUCAACCAGUCAAGCAGGCCUAAAACAAAGCCAGAAACACCAAAGCCCUCUGAAAGUGCAAUGAAAGAACUAAAAGGGAUUCUGGAAACACUCAAUAAAUCCACCAGUUCCCGAAGCUUGAAGUCCCUUGAGACAGACAGUGGUGAAACAGAGCUGGAACGAGUCCUGCGACGCCGGAAAGUGACCACUGACCAGGACAGUGGCAGUCCCACUGGAAUGUUGGCCACAUCAGAAUCAAAGUCUCUGCCCGUGCUGGGUUCGGGAGCCAGUGCCCCACAGGCAGCAGUGAACAAGAAAGAUGUGGAGACAGAAUUCACUUCCAAAGUACCCAACUCAGGUCCUGUCCCCAGCCAGCAUAAGGGUGCUACAGGCUCCAAGCCUACAUUACAAUCAACUAGUCACACAGAAUUGACAAGAAAAGCUUCUAGCAGCGAGAAACAGACAGAAUCUGUGGUAGUUUUAGAUCCUGUGUCCACCAGUGGGGAUCAAAUGUCUGAAAACGCCCUGAACCAGAACAAAGUGAAAGAGGAAACAAGCAAGCCACUGCAUAAAGAAACUAACGUUGGGAAAAUAAAAGAAACAGAUAGUUCUAGCUGUUAAUUGUUACUCUGCAAGGCUGUACCUUUUGGGAAUCAUUAUCUGGACAUGUGAAUUGCUUAGGUGUGUUACUAGGGGCCACGGUCUGUACUCCAGACAGAAACAAUACAGAUUGAAAUGGUCUUUCGUAUGCAGUUUUUGUUACAUGCACCGAAGUGUUUAAAUAACUGUGUGUCACUCAAAAUCCCUUUCCCAUUUUAAUUUUGCGGGUAUGGUUAUUAAUUUCUUAGAUAGUGUUAGUUACCUUUAAAAAUGGAUUUGAAGAGGCUUUUUUUAGCUCUUCUUUUAUUGAGAAGAUGCCUUGUUAAAGGUCUGUUCCAAAGCUUGCCAGAAGCCCCUUGCAUCCCUCUUGAGCCGGACAGGUUUGGGUUAGACCCUGUAAGUGGUUACACCCUCAUCAGCUUCAGUAUGCGAGGGUGUUACUAACUAUUAAUAAAAAUGUGUUCAGACAUAUUUCUCUAAAACUGUUUUGAUAUCCACUUAAACCAAAACCUUGUUGGUCCCCUGCCUGCUGUCCCCACACAGGGAGGAAGUGAAAAGCACAAGCACAAUCCUUUUGUCUCACAUU